AUGGCCCUUGCUCGUUUCGCUCAUCAAUUGGCUCUUCCUUCAUUGACUCAAUCACCAGCAUUCGGUGCCAUUGCCGUCUCCAGCACAUUCAAACUUCCCAUUUGGCUUGAACCGUUCCUGUGGGCAGCACCCAAAAAGAAGACUUCCCAUUCCAAGAAACGUAUGCGUGCCUCCAACAAGGGCUUGCAAAACAAGGAAAACGUCACCGCAUGUCCAGCAUGUGGCAACUACAAGUUGCUCCAUCAUUUGUGCAGUCAUUGCUAUGGCAACAUCAAGCAACAACAAAAAAAGAUGGUCGCUUAG